CACCUCGCAGGAGCAACAUGAGACUUGGUGUUGGAAGAAGCCGGCCCUCCAUUCCGGUGGUGGUGGGGGUGGUGUUGAUGGUGUUGAUGGUGGUGAUGGGGGAGACGGCGGUGGAGGAGGGAAAGACAGUAUCCUUCCCCAACCUGCCCAACCUCCCCAACCUGAGAAUACAACACAGACCUUUGUUUGGUCUCUUCGGUGAUAAUAACGCGGCGGUCAAGGUGGUGUCCUGCGGCGAGGCGAGCGAUGCCGCCAAGACGGUGUGGCAGAGUCCUAAGUACCCGACGUGGAUGAAACACCUCCCCGGCCUCUGCACGUUGUCCUACACGCCGCCCUCCGACACCUGCGCGAUAAGGAUUCUCUUCGCGGACUUGGCCCUCGGUUCACCGCUGCCCGCCCACCAGUCCACCUGCUCCCACGACGCCCCGUCCUUCAAACUUCAUUACAACGGCGGAAUCACCCCAGCGCUCUGUACCGACGCCACGGGUUAUGAGGGCGUCCUCGAGGUAGACCCAACGAAGGGCGGCCCGCUGGUGUUGGUUCUUCAGCUCGACAUGGAAAAAGACUUCAGGUUCAGAAUCAACAUCACCGCCGUGGCUUGUGGCGACGUGAAGAACUACAAAUCGCCCACGUCUUGCGGUCUCAGGAACUUCCCAGGAAUUUUUGAUAUCGUGGAAGAAACCACUGAGAAGCAAACCUUGGAAGAGGAGGAGGAGGAGGAAGUGGAGGGAGGGAAAAUGGAAGAUGGGGGAAGAGGAGGUAACAGGAAAGGACGGGAGAUGGAGGAAGAGGAGGAGGAAGAGGAAGAGGAGGAUGAAGAUAGCGAUGAAGAAGAAGAGGAGGAAGAAGAGGGGCAACACAGGCAACCACGUCGUCGCAAGAAUGGAAACAGAACCAACGGGAUGAGAAGGAAAGAGAUGGUGAAGAAGCUAAGGAGAAGGACCGAUGUUUUCUCUCAAGCUUUGGCCUCCGGGGUGGAAGCGGGCGUGGUGCGAGUCUCCAACACUGACCGAAAUCGCCGACAGCCCUGGAAGGAUUCUGUGCCUGGCGUGUGGCCGUGGAUGGUGAGCAUCGAGAGGAAGGUGUUGGUGGACGCGGGAGUUACCAUAUCGCCCCAGGUUGACCCUUCAGCCACGCAACGGUGCACGGGCGUUCUUCUCGACCAGACCCACGUGCUGACAUCCGCGUCCUGUGUCUUCCUGCCUGAUAGGACCAAGACGGUGCGUGUACAUGAGCUCCGUGCCGUGUUCUCCCACCAACACCGCUCCCGCUCCUCCUCGUCCUCGUCCUCAUCCGCUGAAGAGGAAGACAGCGAGCACAACAGCGGUCUGGCCAUCUCCUCGGUGUCCUUCCCGCUCACCUACAACCCCAUGCGCUCCACCAACAACCUGGCAGUCCUGACCCUCGCAGAGCCCGUUAGGAUUGACAUGGAUGUGCGGCCUGUGUGUCUUCCGGUUCAUUAUAACAGGUUUAUCCGCGACAACGGCAUCGUGUCCGGAUGGCUGAAGGAGACGAGCACACCGCGGAAGAGGAAGGGAAGCAAGCGAAACUUCUCCUCCUCUUCCUCCGCCGCGAGGCUUGUGCAGGCGGACAUGCGGGUACUGAGCCGGGGUGACUGUGCCGGUACCCUGAGUAACCUGCCGUACCCAAGCCAGCGGAUCCAGCAGAGUAUGACGAACCAGCGCGUCGUGUGUGCCAGGACAGUGCAGUCAUCCUCGCCCCUCUGCCAGCUUGAGACGGGCGCUCCGCUUAUCCGAGAAGACCGUAGCAACUUACACUACCUCGUGGGCGUCAUGGGAGGCGAGGGACAGUGUGGUCUCGACUACCCGCAAUUGUUCGCUGAAGUUCCCAGCUCCUCAACCUUCCUCGACGUCGUCCUCGCCCCGCCCAGCUGAGCGCGCUUCGUUUGGGUUGGUCUGCGUGUCUUGUCUCUCUCCCUGGCCCGUUCUCUGUAAUGUUUUGGAUGCGAAUGUGAUGGAUGUUCUUUGUGGGUGUUGUUGGUGUGUGUGUUCUCUGAUUUUGCCUUUCCAACGGGUCAUAUUUUGUGUUGGUAUUGUUAUUAUUGUUUUUUUCUUUAUCUGUUGCGAGUACGUACAAAGUAAUUUAUGUUGUAUUGUGAGGUAAGUAACGUCUUCUUCUACAGUGUGAAGUGUUUGUAGAGGUUAGUGAAUGAGAUGGUGUAGUGAUGAAUGAAGGAAUGGAUGUUUAAAGCGAUGAAUGGAUGUAUUGAAAGGGUGGAUGGGAAAUUAUCAUCUAUGUGAGCCUGUUUUAGUUCACUUGGUCAUACACAUACACACACACAUAUACAAACACACACGGUCUACAAUAAGUGAAAAAUAUAACUCUUCCAUACGUUUUGUGAGACUCUACAUAACACAGACACAAGAGGAUGAGGAGGAUUUCGUUUCUAAGUGCUUAUGAUAAAGGAGUUGGUGUUCUAAUCCUAUUACUACUACUACUACUACUACUACUACUACUACUACUGUCCUCCUCUCUCAUUUUCUACCCUUCCUGCCCGCCUAUACUAUCUCAACCUUCACCACCACCACCACCAUCACCACCAACACCUCCUUGACCACCUCCACCACCACCACCAACACCACCCAAGGACCUCCGAUCAUUUCCUCCACCAAAAAAAGCGCAUCUCAUCUUCCUCCUCCUCCUCCACCUCCUCCUCUUCCACCACCAUCUCUCUGACCUUGACCGAUAUGCUACACUUCACAGGAUGCUGCUAAUGUGUGUGUGUGUGUGUGUGUGUGUGUGUGUGUGUGUGUGUGUGUGUGUGUGUGUGUGUGUGUGUGUGUGUGUGUGUGUGUGUGUGUGUGUAUUUUAAGUGAUAUUUAUGUGACAGGAUGAAGAUUGGUUGAUGGAUGUGAGUGUGUGUGUGUAAGGUCUUUUUGUUGUUGUUGUUGUUGUUGUUGUUGUUGUUGUUGUU